UGACUAACGAAAGAGAAAUCCAACGCUGCUUUUAGCUCCAGGCUCCUACUGCAGUGAGCAGCCGCAAGGAUAUGCUUAUUUGACCUCGCAAACCAACACCUAUAUCGUCUCAAAACCCAUCGAAAUUACACUUGAAUCUCCUCGGAAACCUCGUCGGCGUUUGCAGUCCGCUCCCCUCGCUGUCGCCGGUCAUUUUCCGGCUGGCGAUGGUCUGACCUGCCGACCAUCAUCACUGCCGAUUGUUGAUUGGCGUAUCGAGAAGGGAUCUCCGAAGAUGGGUUGCGCCGGAUCUUCGCAGAGCAAGGGAGAAGACAAUACCAAAAAGGUUCGAAAGCCCAAGCUUUGGAAGCAUCCACAAUCGAUAACCAUGUCUGAAAUUAAGAGAAUGCGUGAGGAGUUCUGGGAUACCGCACCUCACUACGGCGGCCAGAAAGAGAUUUGGGAUGCUCUCCGUGCCGCUGCAGAAUCUGAUGUCAACCUAGCACAAACCAUUGUGGAUAGUGCGGGUAUCAUCCUUGCGAAUACCGACAUGACCACCUGCUAUGAUGAAAGGGGAGCAAAGUAUGAAUUGCCAAAGUAUGUUUUGAGCGAGCCUACCAAUUUGAUUCGUGACAGUUAACUUUGUAGGGACAAGACUUUGAAUGGAAUGAGAUAAAUGUAUAUCUUGUACAUUACUCUGUAUUCCAUUUAUCUGUUUGCCGCUCUAUUUUUGAUAAUUCCCAAUAACUUGAAUAUUUAACUCCUAUUGGAAAAUAACUGUCUUCCCGUGUGGAUUAUGCUUGCCCAGAAUAUUCUGCUCGUCUCAUUCAGGCAAUUCAUGUUCACAUAGUGCUGUUCUUUAGGUGCCUCAGAUUACUUUUUUGACCAUUUGUUUUAAUGUUGUAUCUACUGUCCGAGCUGUAGUUGAAACAUCGAUCCAUUAAUUACCAAUGUCUGCUCACAGAACAGAAGUUUGUAUAGUUGAAGUUUAUUUAUUGGAAAUUAGAGUAGGUGGCUUUUAUAGUUUUA